AGGUUGUUACGACUCACAAAGGGUCUGGGUGGGUAAGGAUGACCAACAAGUUCAUUUUUUUCCAGCUCUCAUAGCACAUGUUGGACCAUCCUUUCUGAGAACCACCCUUCUCUUUUCUCUUCACAGACGGUGUCAAGUAACAGGUUGUUAUGUCUUCUGAGUUUGCGGGUGUGUAAGGAUGCCCAAUCUAACGCUUCCUCCUUACUUUAAUCUCACCAUGUUCAUAAACAUCGGCCCGUACCGCUACCCGGCGCUGGCGGCAUGCCUCCUCCUCUACGUCUUCAUCGUGUGCGCCAACUGGGCCGUCCUGGUAACCAUCUGCCGUGAGAAGACACUUCACGAGCCCAUGUACGUUUUCGUCGCCUGCUUGUGCUUCAACGCCCUGUACGGCUCCACAAGCUUCUUCCCCCGCUUCCUGCAGGACCUGGCGUCCGACGUUCACCUGAUCUCGCGCGCGGCCUGCUUCACGCAGAUCUACUUCAUCUACACGUAUGGAGCCAACGAGAUGACCAUGCUGUGUGUCAUGGCGUACGACCGCUACCUGGCCGUGUGCCAUCCGCUGCACUACCACACCAGGAUGACGGUGAAAAAGGCCCUGAGCCUGGUUGGCCUGGCGUGGCUAGUUCCCACCAUCUUUCUCACCAUGGUUAUCUACCUAUCCGCAACGCUGCCCCUCUGCGGCAACGAGAUCUACAAGGUGUUUUGCGCAAACUGGAAUGUAGUCAAGCUGUCAUGCGUGUCCACUGUGGUCAACAACGUGGUGGGCAUGUUCAUGACCAUCAGCACCGUUUUCCUCCCGCUCACCUUUGUUCUCUAUACGUACAUGCGCAUCAUAAGCACGACUUGGAGACGCUCGGACAAAUUCAAGGGGAGAGUAUUUCAGAGCUGUUUGCCGCACAUGAUCUCCUUUGUCAUUUAUUCCUGCAUCGUGUUUUUGGAUAUCACGCUGAGCAGGCAAAAUGUGAAGGAGAUGAACUCUUUUGUUGCCAUCAUCUUAUCGCUAGAGUUUGUGGUUAUUCCGCCGCUUCUCAACCCCCUGGUGUACGGGAUGAAGCUAUCAUGUAUACGUAAACACAUCUUUAAGAUGGCGUGAGACGGGGCCUGCGGCUCUGCUUUUCCUCAGGCAGCAAGUUGAAAUGAAUUGAAUUCUAAGAUUGAUUAUUUUUAAAUAUUUUUUUGUAAUUAUUGUCAAUAAAGAAAGCCAUCUUUAAGCACUUGGGGGUUUUGUGAAAUCCAAAUCCGUAGUGAAUGUGACAUCAUCAC